AUGAAUAUCCGCAUCCUUCCAACCCCCCUCGACCCUCUCAUCCCUUUUCAUCCCUCCUCGUCUCCUCUCACCCCUCCCACCCCUGUAUCUCACCCCUCCCACCCCUGUAUCUCACCCCUCCCACCCCUGUAUCUCACCCCUCCCACCCCUGUAUCUCACCCCUCCCACCCCUGUAUCUCACCCCUCCCACCCCUGUAUCUCACCCCUCCCACCCCUGUAUCUCACCCCUCCCACCCCUGUAUCUCACCCCUCCCACCCCUGUAUCUCACCCCUCCCACCCCUGUAUCUCACCCCUCCCACCCCUGUAUCUCACCCCUCCCACCCCUGUAUCUCACCCCUCCCACCCCUGUAUCUCACCCCUCCCACCCCUGUAUCUCACCCCUCCCACCCCUGUAUCUCACCCCUCCCACCCCUGUAUCUCACCCCUCCCACCCCUGUAUCUCACCCCUCCCACCCCUGUAUCUCACCCCUCCCACCCCUGUAUCUCACCCCUCCCACCCCUGUAUCUCACCCCUCCCACCCCUGUAUCUCACCCCUCCAGCAGCACAAUGCAGCGCUGGGAGGACAGCAGGCGGCGGAAGGACGGCUUGGCGUGCAGCGACUCACCCGUCUCACCCAUCUCAUCCGUCUCACCCAUCUCAUCCGUCUCACCCAUCUCACCCAUCCCACCCCUCUCUGCCGCCCCACUCUCUCACCCCUGGCGCUCACCCCUAUGUUGGCAGAUACGCUCUUGAAAGGCUGGCGUAUCACGUAUAUUCGCUAGCGUAUAUGCGCAACCCCAAGCUGUGCAAGUUCUGUGGCAAGAAGUUCGAGGGCGGAACAAACCGCUGUGUAAUCCAUCUCGCGACAUGGAAAGGGCAGGAGAAGCGUGCUGUGGCGUUAUGCAAGGACGCGCCCACGGCAGUCCGCGAUGAAGUCCGUGGCAUGUACGAGACCAAGGCGGAACAGCAGGACUUGAAGCGAGGGGCGGCCGCUGCUGCAAUUCACUCCGCGCUUGACGCUGUCAGUGGAAACCCGGAGAAAAAGAGCAAAAUUACGGAUUUCUUUGGCAAUGAGGCGACGUGCGCCAAGGAGGACGCGGAUAACGCGCUUUGCCUUCUGUUCGCGGCGCUGAAACUUCCGGAGCGCAUUGCGGACGAUCCGGUCUUCCGCUACGCGAUCCAGUGCAUUGCGCGCGCUGGACCUGGGUACGUCCCUCCUAAGAGGUGCUACAUUGGAGGGGCAGGCUUGAAGAAGGUGCGGCAGAAAAUAGAGGUCGCGUUCGCCCCCGUUGCCGCGAGCUGGAAGCGGGACGGGGUAACGGUGUCGUCGGACAUGAUGACCGACCGUUGUGGCCGCCCGCAGGCCAACGUGCUCCUUGUCAACGACUCCGGCGCAGUUUUCGAGCAGGCGGUGGACUGCAACAUGGAGUCGAAGACCGGGGGGUACAUCGCCAGCCUUCUCCGCCCCGUCAUUGAUAAGGUGGGGCCGGAGAAUGUGGUGGCGGUCUGCACCGAUGGCGGCAGCAACUAUGCAUCGGCCGCCAAGAAGAUUGCGAGCACAUGGCCGCACAUUGAGCAUGUGCCAUGUGCCACGCAUGUCCUGGACCUGAUGAUGGAAGAUAUGGGCAAAAUGGGAUGGGCGAAGGGGCUUGUGGAGAAAGGAGGGGAGAUGAUUACCUUCGUGCGCAACCACCACUUUACCCGUGCCUAUAUGAAGAAAGUGGGGGGGAAGCAGGUGCUCAAGCCUGCGGGAACCAGGUUCGGGACACAAUACAUAGCCAUGGCCCGGCUAUGUGAGGUGAGGAGUGGGCUGGCGGCGAUGGUGCUCAGCGACGAGUGGAAGGUGUGGGCAGCGGCGGACAAGGAUAGGAAGACAGCAGCUGAGAAAUUCAGGGCUGCUGUGAUGGAUGAGGAGUGGUGGGGGGUGGCGGAGUUCUUUACCUCUCUCAUGGCGGUGCCAUUCAAGGUCAUGCGGGCCACGGACUCUUCCGCGAAAGGCAUGAUGGGUAAGCUGUAUGACAUCAUGCUACAGCUUACCGAGGACAUCAAUGACAAGCUCGACACUUCAAGUGACUUCUUGACUCGGACAGAGAGGGCAGACAUCACCAAGAUUGUGAAGGACAGGUGGGACAACUCCCUUGCCUGCCCCAUGCAUGUGGUUGGCCGGAUCCUGAAUCGGGCCAACCAGGAGGAGGGAAUUUUCAGGAACGAUGUGGAGUGCACGCGGGUGUUCAAGGACUACAUCGAGCGCCACUAUGACAACAAGACCUUCAAGCGUGGCAAGGAUGGCGCCCCUCGUCGCGCCUCCCUUGUGCUGCAGGAGGCAUUGCUGGCCUACAUCAACAUGGAGGGCAGCUUUGGCAAGCCGGGCGCCAUUUCUGCAAGGGAGGCAGUGAAGAAGGGGGAGAUGAGCAUGGUGCAGUGGUGGUCGUGGCACAGCACCGAUGCGGGCGUCCACACCGCCCGCCGCAACCGGCUCGGGUCCGCCAAGUGUGCGGACCUCGUCUACAUUGCGCACAACUGGAACGUUGUGCGCAAUUGGUACAAGAAGGAUGGGGGCAGCACAGUUGUGCCCGGUAACAUCCCGGAUGCCCCUGUCCCCCCCGGCUAUAACAUGGAUGAGGAGGAGGAUGACAUGCUGGGGGAGGAAGGAGAGGAUGCAGUGCUGGCGGAUGAGUAUGGGGAAGGUGUGGUGGUGGAAAAGCCCCGCAAGGAAAUCGGUUGUGGGGAAGCUAGCUAG